CUCCAGCGGGCGGGGUGGCGGGAGGGCGGCCCCGCGCCGCCAUGGAGGAGCCGGCGGCCGAGGAGGAGGAAGGGGUGCUGCGGGACUACCUGGCCUACUACGCGGCCCGGGGGGCGGAGGGGCGGCUGGUGGCGUGCGACGAGGCCACCCUGAAGGCAAGGGCGCGGCGGCUGCCGGAGCGGCGGGGCGCGCUGGACGUGCGCGGCGUGGCCGAGCGGUGCCGCAGGGCCCGCGGGCGGCGGGGCGGCAGCGUGCUGCGGGACCUGCUGAAGGCGCUGGAGGUCCUGGAGCUGCUGUGCGUCAACUUGCUGCUGUCCCCGUGGAGGAAGGAGAUCAGGUCGCUGAAGACAUUCACCGGUAAUUUUGUCUACUAUGUUCAAUCUGUGCUCCCAGAUGACAUAGUAAAAACCGUACUGGAGAAAAUAGGUUACAUUGCAACAACGGCAACAGAGUUUUCACUUGUCAGAAAGAGAAACAAUGAGGAAACAAAACAGACUGCCUUUGAAAUAUUUCUGGCAAGAAUUGAGUGUGAAACCAUCCUCGAAAUGACAAAUGAAGAAAAACAUGGCAAUUUGGAGAAGACUUUGCAGAAGAGUUCACAAAUACACUGGCAUCACAAAAAUAAGGACAGAGAGGAUCAGACGCCCCAGAGAGAAGACUGUGAAAAUCUAGAAAAGAAAGAAAAUAGUGAAACGUCUUUGUGCCUUGCUACUCAACAGAAGUCUUCACCUAGUAGCAGUAUGUCCUUUGAAACCACUCAGGAUCUGAAGAUCAAAGAUGAUGCUCCUCACUUAGCAGUGACUCAAUCCACUAACAGGCUUCAGGAACACCAAAAGCAAAUCAUUAACACAGUACACUUUCCGGGCAAAUGCUCAGACAGCGAGGACUUCUUGAUCAAAUAUAGUGACAUUGUCAUAAGACAAACACCUAUUUUCAGUGAGAAUCUUUCUCCAGAAGCUUUUGAAAAAAAGCCAAGAGCCAGUCUAAGUGAGGAAUGUGUUUUGGCAGCCACUGCCCAGUCAACUGCAAAUGAGCUCUGGUCAGUGCCGCUCUCGCCAGGAGCAAGCGGUCCACCAGCCUUUGCAAUAUUUGCUGACAGCACUUGUGAAAGUAAAAGCUCUUCAGAGUACGAAGCUCAACAAGUGGCUGAAGAGUCAAUUGAAGCAAAAAUUAAUGAUGCCAUAAACUGUGUAGACCCAGACCCUGCAGACAAACCCAAUGAGCUGAAGUCUCUGCCGUACACGGAUUUCACAUCAGUCCAAAACUGCCCCGUCCCUAGGGAAGAGGAAGUCUGUGAUCUGUCUUUAACCUUCACAGAACUACAAGUCCAGGACACUCAGGAAGAUCUGAUGUAUCCAAUAGAGGAAACUGGGCACCCUGAGUCACUAUCAUAUGCAAGUGACAGGAAUGUAAGAGAACUGAAUCAUUCCAAAAUGAAAUGCACAUACUCAACUAAUGCUGAAAUGCAGAACAGAGCAGCUGCAUUUAUUGAGCCAUCUCCGGAUCUCUGCCGUACUUCUGGGAGCGUGGAGGAUCCCACUGGUGGCUCUGAUGGCAAGGGACUAUUAAGGGGUACUCUGAAUGCACCUAGGGCUUCUGAGUGCUUCAGGCACAUCAGAGAGCCUCCUAAUCCCACCUACAUUCCACCACAAAGUAUUGAUGUUCGGUCUCCAAGCAGAAGAAGCACCGGUGCACAGGGCAGAAGGAACCUUCUGCAGCCUGACAGUGAAUCCAGUGAAGUAAAAGCAGAGAACUAUAAUUUAAAAGUAAAUGAAAUCCAGGAGCCUUAUGUUAUUAUUGACAAAACUGACCAAGGAAUGUUGUGCUAGCACACUUGAUUCUAGCAGUGCUUUAUUUGUAAUUUGCCUGGGGUUUCCCUGCCCUAGUUGUGGCCUUGAUCAUCUUUUCAGAAGAGAUAAUUAGCUUUGACAAAGCUAAUCAUAAACAAACAAAAACACCACCACUUUUGGACAGUAAACAUUGAAGUAAUUGAGAAAAUUCUUAAACAGCUCUUUCCUCAUGAAAUCACUCCAUUUAAUUCAUUAACCAGAUUCCAUCUGGCUCUAAUUAAUGCCCGAGGCCUAUUUUUAGAAUAUGGCAUGCUGUACAAUGACAGGAACAGGUAAACAUUUCAAAACUGGAAGGCUCUAUAGUGUUACAAGUGCUGUGCUGGAGUGUAGUUCUGUUAGCUCGUGGCAUUCCUGUGAAGCUGUAUUCUGAGCUAAUCUUUCUUCUAUUUUCAGUUUAAAGAUAAGCUUAGAAAAUCAGUAUUCUCUAAAUUAGUACAAAUUGUCUAUACCUGACUUUCAUCCUCCUGAAAUGUGUAGAAGAGCGGGCGGAUUAUACCAGAAAAGUCUCAGGAGCUAAAAUGCUUUUUGAAUAACUAAUAGCUGGAGUGAUCAGUGAUCACCUGAUUCCAGCACAGCAGGAGGAAUGCAGCUUUGACUGAACAAACACCAAAUGACAAGACUUCAGCUUUGGAUGGUGUUAAUGGGUGGGUGAAAAAAGUAUUACAAAUAUGCAUACAGAAACUAAUAUUUCUGCACUGGGUCUGGCUGGGAUGAAGUUAACUUUUUUUAACAGAAGCUAUGUGGUGGUGUUUAGGACUAGUUGCUAAAACUCUUGAUAAUGCACUUGCAUUCUGGCUGCUGCAGAACAGUGCUUGCACAGCAUCAAUGCCUUCUCUUCCUUACUCUGGCCCCCACUCCAGUGAUGGUGGGCAAGAACCUAGCAGCUGGAACAGCUGACUGGAUUUAGCCAAAGAUAUUCAUACCAGAUAGCAUCAUGCUCAGCAAUAAAACUGAGGUAGCAGAAGUUUUUGGUUUGUGGUUUCUUUUUCGUCUACCUUUGCAUCACUUGUUCUUUUCUUCCUCUCCUACUCCUCCUUUCACCAAUUAAAUAUCUCAAACCAAAUUCUUGCUUUUGCUCUUCUGGUUCUCCUGUUUUGCAGGAGGUUGAGCAAACCAGCUGUGUAGGUGCUUAGCUGCUCACUAAGUGAACUCACCACAACCUCCUUGUUCUUUCAACUAUUUAUCUGUUCUUCCUAACCAUUUCAGUUUUUAUAAGAUGUAUUUUCCCCCCGUAGGGUAAUUAAAAUUGUGUUUUAAAUAGUAUGUUGUGUCAAAUAUUCAGGAAAUCUAUAAACUGAAAAAUCCCUUCUCAUCACAUAUAAAGAUUCCUCAUAAGUAUUUAGCUGACCACCAGUACUAUAUAGACCCAUGUACCUAACAUGCCAUUUUUACCUUUGCUGUAGCCACAGGAGUAUUUAACAGCAAGUUACACAUGAAAAAACAAUGCUAAAGUUGGUUUCCCAAGAAACUAAAGACUACCACUUGAAACACCCCAUAUAAACAGCCAAGCUGCACAGAACAUACGGAACAUAAAACAACUGAAACAACUGUGUUCUGAGACUCUACUUUUUGUUAACGCUUUUGUUAAUUGAUUGAGGCAGAACCUCUGUGGUAGAUUGGCCAGGACUGCUAAGUAUGCAUUCAGCCUGCAUUUGGAGGGAGAGCUGCUAUCACCUUAAAAUGCUCACAGUUACUUUCAAAUAUGGUCUUUCUGCUGCAAAGACACCUUUUCUUCCUGUAUGAACAGUAGGCUUCUGAGGUCUUGUACUAGAAGGUACUUGACUUGCAAAUUUCUGCUGUCUCUAGAGACAAGUUUUACAGUUAAGAUACCUGUGAAAAGACUGGAUUUGAAAACAAGCUGAAAGAAAAGACAAGUCAUAUUUAACAUGCCUUUGCCAUCAGCCCUCUGUACAACUGCUUCCACAUGGGCAAGGUACCAUGAAUAGGGUUUAAAAUCCUUGUAAAUACAAUUAGGUCUGAGACAGAGAGGAGAACAUAAAUCCUGAUGGUGCUCUCCUGUCCCUGGUGCUAUUGACCAGUACGCCUCUCCUUGGCUAAUUAUCUUAAAGAGCAGCAACCACUUAAGCAGCACUGUUAGCCUGCAAGAGAGCUGCCUGAGCCUCAGAGGAGGGUGAUUUGUUUAUGAAAUGUGUGCCUAUCCCCUUGUGAGCUGUCAACUUUAAUUGUGCUACAGCUGGUGUUGAUUGUCAAUGAAUUGAAUGGGGAUUUACUGACUGUUUUUAUGUCUUUCCAUCAUAGAGACACAAGGCCAGCUCUGCUCCCAAAUCUAUAUGCUACGCACAACCACUCUGAAUGGCUCAGCUCUCCCAAGCUUCAAAUUAGAGAAAUUCUCUUUUGAUCAGUGCAGAAACAGAGCUUAGGCAGCAGACCCAGAAGCUGGCUGACAUUCAACUGCACCACCUCUCCCUGACGGGUCUGUUUAGAUAGUCAUUUUCCCUCCCCUUAACAUUCCUGUCACACAUAUAAACUUGUCCUGUCUAGAGCUAAGGUGCUUAACAAACACAGUUUGGCUUUAGAGUCAACUUUUUGUGGGUUUUUUUGUUUGUAAAGCUAGUAACGUAAACUAACUUUCAGCAUGAAAACAAACAGCAUGCAGGCACUGAAUGAACAAAGAUUUACAAUUUGCUUCAAAUUAUAAAUGAAGAUCUUCAAAUACAAGUUGUCUGCUGAGACAUAAACAAAAGCAUACCUAAGAGAGUCUGAGAAGGGCUUGCAAAGAUAAAUGUCUAUACUGUUCUGAGUGGUCUCCAAACCAGCAAAAGAAAACAAAACCAAAACCCACACAAUUUCUAAAACAUAACAUUUAUUUAUUUAACUUUACUUGUAUCUCAACACUGGGAAAGUUAUAACCUGUAAUCCACUGUCACCACUAAAGGCUCCAUCCAGUGAAAGUUAAUUGGCACUGUUCUCUUAAGUGAGACAGCUGAUAAAUCCUAAAGGUUUCCUUUUCACAGCAUUAAACAUUACAACUCCCUUCAGUAAGGACAGAAAUGGAACAGAAUGGAACAGCAGCAUGUGCAAAGCAGCCUACUUACAGUAAAAGUCCUAGCAGCUUAGUAUUUAUCGUGGGGAGAUGUGAGGGAGAAAUAAAUCACUUAUCAGACAGAGGGAUCACCUCAAAGCCCCCUGACGUAAGAAUAAAUAAAAUCAAGCAGUGUGGUACACAAGUAAAAACCAGAGCUCCUCUGUUGUGUCACUCUUGCCUGACCUUUUGUAUGCAUUCAGAGAGAUCACUCUUACAGGAAUACGUUUACACAACAGUUAACCCUUAUAGUAAUUUUUUGUGUUAUUUUAGGAUAA